CGCUCCUCCACCAAUCAGAGAUUUUCGGGGUCGUGUCAGGGUCGUUGUUUCGAGCUGAAGGAGGCGGAGUCGCCCAGCUGCAGGUGUGAUAAUCUGUGUAAGACGUACCUGAGCUGCUGCUCCGACUUCGACCAGCAGUGUCUCAAGACAGCGGGAGGGUUCGAGUGUUCUCAGCAGCGCUGUGGAGAGACGCGGAACGAUGAUUACGCCUGUCAGUGUUCAGAUGACUGUCUGCAGAGAGGAGACUGCUGUACCAACUACAGAUCACUGUGCACCGGCGACAGCUCAUGGCUGGAGGGCGACUGUGAGGAGAUUCAGAGCCCAGAAUGCCCUGCAGGGUUUGUGCGUCCUCCACUGAUCAUCUUGUCUCUGGACGGCUUCCGCGCCUCGUACAUGAAGAAAGGAAAGAGCGUCUUACCCAACAUCCACAAACUGAGCUCGUGUGGAACUCACGCCCCUCGCAUGAGACCCAUGUACCCGUCCAAAACCUUCCCCAACCUCUACACGCUGGCCACGGGCUUGUAUCCCGAGUCUCACGGGAUCGUGUGUAACUCCAUGUAUGAUCCCGUGUUCAAAGCUCAUUUCAAACUGAGAGGACGAGAGAAGCUUAAUCACCGCUGGUGGGGCGGGCAGCCCAUUUGGAUCACGGCAGAGAAACAGGGCGUGAAAGCCGGGACCUUCUUCUGGCCCUGGGUGAUUCCUCUGGAGAGGAGGAUUCUCACUAUUCUGCAGUGGCUGCACCUGCCCGAUGACGAGAGGCCGUAUGUCUACGCUGUCCACUCGGAACAGCCGGAUACGUACGGACACCUCCUGGGCCCGCUGAGCAACGAGCUGGAUAACACGCUCAAGAAGAUCGAUAACAUCAUCGGUCAGCUGAUGAACGGGCUGAAGCAGAUGAACCUCCAUCGCUGUGUGAACGUCAUGCUGGUGGGCGAUCACGGGAUGGAGGAGUCUCACUGUGAACGAACAGAGUAUUUGGGCUCUUACGGACUCGAUGUUGAUGCCAUCACACUGAUCCCAGGAUCCUCCGGAAGAAUCGGCCCCAAAACCGCCAACACACCGUACAAUCCGAAGGAGAUUGUAGCUAAUUUAACAUGUAAGAUGCCCAAUCAGCACUUCAAGCCGUACCUGAAGCAGCACCUGCCCAAACGCCUGCACUACGCCAACAACAGACGCAUCGAGGACGUGCACCUGCUCAUGGACAGGAAGUGGCACGUGGCCAUAACACCUGCUACCUGCGGCUACUUUGGAGAUCAUGGGUUUGACAACAAGAUCAGCAGCAUGCAGACAAUCUUUCUGGGAUUUGGACCGAGCUUCAACUUCAAGACACAAGUGCCUGUCUUUGAGAACAUUGAACUGUAUAACGUCAUGUGUGAUCUGCUGGGAUUGACUCCGGCCCCUAAUAACGGGACACACGGCAGUCUGAAUGACGUGUUGAGAAACCCUUCGUACACCCCCACACAACCAGAGGAAGUGACAUCACCCACGCCUUUAGCCCCGCCCUCUGAAGUGACCCAUGACCUGAGCUGUAACUGUGAUGAUGAGAACAACAUUGAAGAAAGUGCGCAGAUGUUUCCUGCUGCGGCCGAUGGACCGUCGAACAACGUCACUCAACUGCCGUUCGGCCGUCCAGCCGUUCUCUUCCAGACGUCGUACACACAGCUGUGUCAGUCGGAUUAUUGCAGCGGCUUCAGUCACGCCAUCAACAUGCCGCUGUGGACCGAGUUUACGCUGACAGCACAGGUGGAGGUGGCGGCGAUGUCGUCCAGUGAGUGUGUGAGAGCAGAUCCUCGCCUCGAUCUCACACACACUUGCAACACUUACAGCCAGGAGCCCGGCGUCACACACGCGUUCCUCUACCCGCCGGAUUUCUCUGUUACGGCUGAAUCCAGAUAUGAUGCUUCACUCAUCACCAACACAGUUCCCAUGUAUCCCGCCUUCAAGAAGGUGUGGCGUCACCUGCAGAGAGUCGUGCUCAGGCGAUACAGUCUGGAGAAUAAUGGUGUGAAUGUGAUCAUGGGACCCAUAUUUGAUCACGACCACGACGGACUGAGAGACACGGAGGAGAAGAUCAAAGAGCGUGCGGCGGGCUCCGUCUACAUCCCCACUCACUUCUACAGCAUCAUCAGCAGCUGUGAGGAACUCAACGACACGCUGGACGAGUGUGAGGGAGAUCUGAGGGUCACAUGCUUCAUCCUGCCACACAGAGCGGACAACAGCGAGAGCUGCAACAGUUGGGAGGAUGAGUCGCGCUGGGUGGAGGACCUGCUGAAGUUACACACGGCGCGCGUGCGAGACGUGGAGCUCCUCACGGGCCUGGACUUCUACCGCUCCACCGCGCUGCCGUACACACGCGUGCUGGCGCUCAAAACACACAUGCGGACCUUCGAGGACGACGUCUGACGUAACGUCUGACACCACCGCACCUGACGCUCUCACUGUAUAGUUUUAUACAUUGUGUCAUAUUUAUUAUUCACCUUCAAACUAAUAAUGAUGAAACCGUCUCACUGCUCACAACACACACCGACAGCUCCACUUCCUCUCGUCCAGAAACGUGCCUUCACGCCAUGUCGGGAUUACCGGAGAUUCCCUCUUACAGCCGCGGUGGCUUCUGCAUGAAACGUAGUUCAGUAGUUAUUUCACAGUAUAUUUAGUAGAAUUGAUUUUUGUAAAUCUCUUACUAAUGCAAGAUUAAUAAAUGAAAGACGUACGAUACAGUCACUAUAGCACAGAUCUGAAUAACCAUCUAAUGCACGCCAAAUAAACGAGUUUAUUAAUAAUGCAUUUGCAUAAUGACUUGGUAACACUUUACAGAAGGUUCCAUAUGUUAGCAUUAGUUAACAUGAAUUAACUAUAAAUAAUACUUCUGCUGCAUUUAUUAAUUUUGCACUGCAAAAAAAAAGUAUUUCUGUCUUGUUUUCAAGCACAAAUAUCUAAACAUUCUUAAAUCAAGAUUCAUUUACUGGAGAAAACAUUAAGAAGACAUUAAGACUUGAUUAAUGACAAAUGACAUGAGUUUGUGCAUCAACGAACAAAUAUCUGCUGACGGAGUCUGAAAAAUCAUCUCAUUCUUUGAAUUAAGUUUGAAUUAAGUUAGACUCCAUCUGCAGAUAUUUUUCUAAGAAUGUUUAGAUGAUUUCACUAGUUUGUUAUCCAGUGGGAUCUUACUGUGAAGUGUUUCCUUGUGUUGCCGUUUGUCUGUUGAUGACUGAAAUUGCACAGAUUUAUUUGGUGUUAUUGGUGUUGUGAUAGAAACACUUUUUAUCGAGUCUGAGGUUGUCGUUUAGUAAUUACGGUAAUUACGACGUGGCGUGAACGCAGCAUAAGCGCAGAGUGUGUGUGUGUAUAUGUGUGUGUGUGUGUGUGUGUGUGUGUGUUUGUAGUAUUUGUCCUGCUAGUUUUUUCUGUCCACUCUGGAUUGGUCUUUAGCACGUGAAAAUAUGAGGAAACAAGUGUGAACGGUGAAUUUGUGCGCGUUUAGUGAUAGUGAAUCACUGCUUCCUAUUGUUGGCAGAAGUCAUGUGACUUAUGAUUCUGAGCGAGUGAUGCUCCGUCUUACUAAUGAGUGUCGUUAAUGAUUUCGUUCCAUCAAUAAAAUUCUUGAACUGUCAGUAAAA